AUGCUGUUUGUUGUGAUCGACGUGACAGCAGCUCUGUCUCAUGUGCUGAAAUACUUCGGCGUUUCCGAGAACGACGCCCCCACCGCACGCAUCAUCGACAUGGACACAGAAAAGAAGUUCACCAUCGCUGCAGGAGAUCUCACCACAGAUUCACUCAGACAGUUGUGCCAGGAGGUAGUGGACGGCACUGCCAAGCCCUACUAUCGGUCUGAGGAGAUCCCAGAGGAUUGGAAUAAAGGACCAGUCAAAGUCCUGGUGGGGAAGAACUUUGAGUCCGUUGCUCUGGACCCAACAAAAAACGUCUUUGUGGAGUUCUAUGCUCCAUGGUGUGGACACUGUAAGGAGCUGGCUCCUAUCUGGGAACAGCUGGCCGAAAAGUACGCUGACAAAGAUGACAUCAUCAUAGCCAAGAUGGACUCCACGGCCAACGAGGUCGAUUCUGUCACCGUUCAAGGAUUCCCAACGCUUAAAUACUUCCCAGCUGGUGGCAAAGAGGUGGUCGACUACAUUGGAAACAGGGAUCUGGAGACUUUUUCUAAGUUCCUGGAUAAUGGAGGAGUGUUGCCUAAAGAGGAAAAUGAUGAUGAGGAAGAUGAGGAGGCUGAUGAAGAGGAGGCCGACGAGUCAGCAGAGGUACCGACCAACUCAACAUCUAAAGAUGAGCUGUAAUGUCACUUUGGUUUUAGGCCAAUCAGGAUCAACCUAGCAUCUUCCAAUUUUUCUUAAUAAAAAAAAAAUUUGGGUUACACACAUAAA